AUGGACACACGAGGAAAAACCAAUGCUGAGUUUCGCAACGAGGUCAACGAAGCCUUGGCUCGACAUGAGUCAAGUUUUGAUCAAGUGAAUGCUACGUUACAGGCGGUUUUGACGGAGCUCCAAGCUUUGCGACUGAAACCCAAGUUCAGUGCCUCCUUCCAUCUUGAAGGCAUUGCACUCCAGUGGCACCGCUGGUUGACGAAGUUUCGAGAACCCCUUUCUUGGAAUGAUUUCACCAAGGCCGUUCUCCUCAGGUUCGGUCCUACCGAAUAUGAAGAUCCUUCUGAAGCAUUGUCCCGCCUAAAGCAGACAACUACAGUGGCUGCAUAUCAGGAGGCAUUUGAGGGACUCUCCCACCAGGUCGACGGAUUACCUGAGCCAUUUCUCAUCGGUUGCUUUAUUGCAGGGUUACGUGAUGACAUUCGCCUAGACGUCAAGAUUAAGCAACCACGCACGCUUGCAAGUGCCAUUGGAGUAGCAAGACUGAUUGAAGAGCGUAAUCUCCUUCAAAAGAAAAUAGCAACUCCUAGCCGCAUCCCAAUGACAGCGACGCUACAAAAGGGACCUAACCCUUCCGCGGGAAUUCUUGGACCUAAUCCAACCCAGUGGUCCAAUAAUAGCUUAAAUCAUUCCUCGUUGCCGGUUCGCCGAAUCACCAAUCAGGAGGCUCGUGAGCGGAGAGAGAAGGGAUUAUGCUACUAUUGCGACGAAAAAUACUUCCAGGGACAUCGAUAUGAACGGCCCCAGCUUUUCAUGAUCACGGAUACACCACCAGAAGAGGAAGAAGCUCUAGGUGACAACCAGCAAGGAACAAAGGGGAUUAACACCUUACCUGAGAUAUCAUUCCAUGUCAUUACUAGGAGUGAACACCCGCAAACCCUCCGUGUUCUAGGCCGAUUGAAGAACAAAGACCUAACUGUCUUGAUUGACGGCGGCAGCACUCAUAAUUUCAUUUAUCAAACGGUUGUCUCCAGAUUCGGAUUACCAGUCGUAAGAGAGAAGAAACUUCAAGUGAUCGUGGCAAAUCAAGAACGGAUCGAGUGCAUGGGGCAAUGUCCAGGACUUAUGCUCACCAUCCAAGGAAUUCCUGUCACGACAGACUACUACAUCCUACCAGUGGCAGCUUGUCAGGUGGUCUUGGGGGUCCAGUGGUUGGAGACUCUAAGUCCAAUUGAAUCAGACUAUAAGGCUCUCACUAUGUCAUUCAAAUUGGGAGGCACCAAGCAUACUCUUCAUGGGGUAAGACGCACUGCUGGAAUUUUUAACAUUGAGGCUUUGGAUGACAGGGAAUGUACAAAUAUAUGGGGCACAGGAUUUUUUUUUCAAAUUAUUCCUGCCCAUAACCAGUCCCCUUCACUUCGACAAUCGCCAGAAAUGGUAGAGCUGCUGAACCAAUAUGCUCGGGUUUUCGAGAAACCAAACAACCUGCCUUCUAAACGCCCACACGAUCAUCGAAUUCCACUGCAGCCUAACACUGAACCAGUCAGUGUGAGACCAUACCGAUAUCCACACUACCAGAAAGCAGAAAUAGAGCGAAUGGUGGCUGAACUCCUUCGUUCGGGACUAAUUAGACCAAACAUGAGCCCUUUCUCCUCACCGGUGUUGUUGGUCAAAAAGGCUGAUGGCUCUUGGAGGUUCUGUGUCAACUACAGGGCUGUGAACCAUAUCACCAUCAAGGACAAGUACCCUAUUCCAGUGAUAGACGAGUUAUUGGAUGAACUCCAUGGGGCCAAGUUCUUCUCUAAACUGGAUUUAAGAUCAGAAUACCACCAAAUCCGGAUGCAAGCAGAAGAUAUUCUGAAGACUGCUUUCAGGACCCACGAAGGACACUAUGAAUCUUUGGUCAUGCCCUUCAGGCUCACCAAUGCCCCAGCAACUUUUCAAAGCCUCAUGAACGAUCUCUUUCGGUCCUAUCUCCGGAAAUUCAUCAUCGUAUUCUUCGACGACAUACUGGUAUACUCCAAGUCUUGGAAUGAUCAUUUAUCGCAUCUCCAGAUUGUUUUUGAUAUCCUGUCCAUUAACCAACUAUUUUUCAAAGAAUCAAAAUGUCAAUUUGGAGUUACACAGGUCACCUACUUGGGCCAUAUUAUUUCAGAAAAAGGAGUAUCUGUUGACCCGGACAAAAUACAGGCAGUAGUCACUUGGCCUAAGCCCACUAUAGCUAGAGAAGUACGUGGGUUCCUAGGCUAA